CCCAAAAAAACUGGAAACCUUUUCUUAUUAAUGUGUUUCUCCUUAACAAAAACACAGACAGUUCACCAUCACCUUCUGAGGAACUGGAAUUACUCCAGGCUGGAUUGGGCAAGCGCACUAUUUCUGUUGCUGCAGACCUGACACAUUCUGAAUUAUGUGGGUUUCUGGAGGCAGAAUUUCCAAAAAUGAAGGCACUCACUGGAGGAUGGCUGCUGUAUAAGGCUCCAGGAGGCAAUGGAAGACGAAAGCUUGGUGUUGUGCCACCUGACUCGGAGGGCUACACAGCAAGCCUUAUCAGGAUGGUGACGUCCUCUGGAAAAACGGCACUUUACAUAGUUCCUCUACAAGAUGAACUCUCUCUUGAUCCGCUGCCGUUCUGUGCAGAGGAAUUUGAAAAGAUGCCAAAGGCUGAGUGUCGUCAAUGUAAAUCCACCAUGCCACUACAGGUGCUGUAUUUGCAUGUUAAGUCCUGUGGUGGUGCAGUCUCCACAGAUGAUGAAGAGAUGAAUUCUGUGAUCUAUGAUGACGAGGAUGCUACAAUUGUUAGUGAAGGAAACAUUGGUUCAUCAUCCUCCAAAAUAAGAGAGGAUGACGCACAAUGUCCCAUAUGUUCAAAGACAUUUCCACAGGACCAGCUACUUGUACAUGCCAGUUUAUGCGGCGACAGCCUGGAUUUCCUUACAGAUGACACCACAUACUGCACAGCUGACAACGAAGCUGAGAAUCCAAUAACAUGUGAAGAUGACGUCUUGCGUUUGCUUGCAAGCAAGGUUGAUGGAAGCAAGGAGUUCAGCAUUUGUGUUUCUCGCACUGACUUCUUCCAACGAGCCAUGGUACAAUGGCAGCGCCAGAAGAAAGGAUCCCCUGCUAACCGUUUAAAAGUUAGUUUUAUAGGAGAAGCAGGUGUUGACACUGGUGCCAUUAGGAAGGAAUUUCUUACCAAUCUGGUCACUGGCAUAGAGGAACAACUUUUUGAACAUAGAGGGGGAAGAAAUGGAAAGAGUCCUGUGUACUCCAUGAAUGAUAUGGAUAAAGGAUUCUUUAGGGUUGCAGGGGAGGUGUUUUCAGUCAGCUUGGCUCAGGGUGGACCUUCCCCAUGCUUCUUGAGGAAGUGGUGCUAUGAUGUCAUUUCAACAGGGGAGUUGGAUGAAUCAAAACUUUCAAAAGAUGAUGUGGACGAUCCUGAACUUUACAAUUUGAUUAAACAGGUUGAAGAAGCAAGUGACCUAUCUCCUUGGAGCAAUACUAUAAUUGACUGCGGUUUUACUGGGGCUAUCACCAAGGAGAACAGAGAUGCCAUCACAAGAUCCAUAGUGCUGCAUGCAACUUUGCGUUUGAUGCCAAUGCUGAAGCAAGUCCGCAAAGGUCUGCAGACUUACAAUUUUGUGGAGGUCCUGGAGGCACAUGCCGAACUCUGCCAGCGUUUCUUUGUCCCUGGUUUCACUGAUGAUGAAAAGACUGAUGCAGAUUUCAUCAUCCAGAAUAUACUCCCGGAAAUGUCUGAGAAGGGGACAAUCAGAGAAGCCAGAGAGAGUGCCCUCAUCAAUUUCUUUCAAGAUUUUCUUCAAGAAAUUGAAACUGCAGGUGAUGUCCAUGAAGAGCAGCCUGAAGCAGACCUUUCCCCUGUAACUGUGCCCUUUGUUAUGCAGUGGCUUACUGGUCAGGCACACAAGCCACUUCUUGCCUCUGAACUACACGAUUUCAAAAUAACACUUAAAUUUGACCAUGAAUGUACACAGCGAAUGCCAGAACACAAAAUAUGCUUCCCUGUUGUAAGUGCAUGUGCUAAAACUAUUACAUUUCCUACUGUACAUAUGACCAGCUAUGACACAUUUAAAACAAUCAUGGUACAGGCUAUUCAGGCUGACCAUGGAUUCCACAGAGUUUAAAGGGAAAUAAAUGCCUUUCUUGGAUUAAAUCACAAAUAACCACUGGUUUCCAGCUCUUCAGGACCAGAAUUGCACAAAUGUUGUUAUAAAAUCACCUCAGUGUUAACUGGUUGAAAAACAAUUGUCUUUUGUACCUGCAGUUCUCAACUCUGGACCUGCCCAUUUCCCUUUUUCCAUUUAGAGUGAGUGUAUUGAAUCAGUUUCGCUUUUAUAAGUAAUUAUUAAUUUACAUGCCAACAUAGCUUUUUAAAUCAGUUUGUAUGUUUACAAAAAAACAUUUUAAUAGACAAAACUGUCUUGCUUUUAUGAGGAAUGAUUCAUUUACAUGUCAACAUACCUUUUUAAUCAGUUUGUAUGUUUACAAAAAGCAUUUUAAGACAAAACUGUUUAAACUUGUUGUGGUU